GAUAGCCUUGUUUCUGUUUGCUUCCUCUCGGUAUUAGUUAAAAUAGUAAAUGUAACACACUGAUACACAUCAACACAUAUGAAAUAACAGAAGUGGUUUUUAUUUCAGGAAGUCUUACGACAGUGUCCAAAUGUUUAGCAAGCUGAAGAAUUCAGCAAGUAAAAAUUCCAGGUUAUACCAUGUCCCGGCAAACAUGGAAGAGGUGCAGUCUGGCUACUUGUACAAGUCACCCCCACAGACCCUUUUCAGAUCCUUGAAAUCGUGGAAGAGGAGGUACUUUGUGCUCGAUAAGACAACUGCAAAUAAAUACGAGCUGAAAUUCUUCAAGGACGAAAACAGAAGAGAGAAACCUCUAGGACAAAUCAACCUUUAUCAGGUCUCACUGCUUUUCCGGCAUCCAGAGUCACACCCGAUUUUAUUGUGGAUACAAAGAAACUUUAGAUGCUCUGCAUCCUGUGUUCUGUACAUGAAGGUUCCAAACAGAGAAUAUUUCCUGGUUGGACAAAACAGUGAUGAGGUGGAGGACUGGUUUAAUGCCAUAUUUAAGGCUCUGAACACACUGCCCAACUCAGAGGAAUUCAGGAAAAGUAGGUCAAUAUCUGAGCCUUUGUAUGUUUAUCAUGAUGCAAAAUGGUCUGAAAACCAAGAACAGAAAGAACCUGAUCCAGUUGCUUCAUCUCUUCCAAUAAGACAGUCUGCCCCCGAGUCCUUCAACUCGCUAUACUCUCACUAUGAUUAUCCCAAGAAUUACAUGAUGACAAUAUCACAACCUCAGGAAAGUGAAGACACUGAUGAAGAUGAAGAAGAUGAAAUAAACAUAAACAAAGAAAGUGAAACAAAAGGAAACAUCAGCUACUACAUGGACAUGGGAAGUGUGACAGAGGUACUGAGAGGGGCUCAGGAUGAAGAAUCUUUGUUUCCUCAGACAGAUCUGGAGGGAAGUAAUGUUUUGGAGAACUCGAUCCUCCAGACUGGCAAUAAGGGCACUGGCUCCACUGCUCUGAUCAGCCAGAUUUCACCAGCAAGUGAAAUGGGCAUUCCUGUGGAGAAGGACAUUUUUGUUAGUCAUGAUGAGCUGAAAAACCGUGUGAUCCUCUCAGAGGAAGGGGGUAAAGUAUGUGUGUCCAACUGGAAGCAUACGCAGUCCUCUGAUCUGUUCCAUGAGGGUGACCAAAUCCUAGCUAUUAAUGACCUCCUUACAAACAGUCUGGGGGAGCUGCAAACUUAUCUAAGGAGGCUUACUAAAGACCGGGUAAAAUUGACUAUCCUAAGACAGGCAGGGUCCCAACCGUUAAGUGGAUGUUGCAUGUAAUGUGCUCUGAUUCUGUGCAUCUCCCAGCACUGUUCAUUUGAAAUACAGACGUGUGUUGGAUAUGAU